AUUUUGGUGGGUGCACGGCUCUGACAGCAGUGCUCUUAUCAGCCGCGCUGCUCGCCUGGCUGUUUACUCCGCAGCCCGCUGACAGACAGUAGCCGCUGUGUCGCUCGCCAGUCUCCGUUUUUCGCCUGCAGACGGAGUACCACUUUCUUUAAGUUAGCCCAACAGCCAGAGUGACUUCGCUUCAGCAGUGAAACACGCACAGCUCCGUCACGCACAGCUCCGUCACGCACAGCUCGGCUCCAUGGACGCGGUUCAGAAAACGAUGUCUGGGUUUUCUCUGGAUCUGGGACCAUUGAAAGAACCGCUGGGGUUUAUUCGGGUCCUGGAGUGGGUGUUCACCAUCUUUGCCUUUGCCACCACUGGAGGUUACUCUGGGAAAACCCACUUUACAGUCAUCUGCGGGCAGGAGGUGAAGGAUGUAGAGCCUGUGUUUAACUACCCAUUCAGGUUGUCGGAUCACCCGUACAAGGUACCGUUUUGCAAUGGCAGCACGUCCAAUAACACCUACCUGCAGGGCGACUUCUCCUCCUCGGCAGAGUUCUUUGUGUGUGUUGGGGUGUUUGGAUUCCUUUAUUGCACUGCCACACUGAUCCUCUACCUGGGCUACCAGCACGUGUACCGCCAGACCUCCCGCGGGCCCAUCAUAGACCUGCUGCUGACCGCUGCCUUUGCCUUCCUGUGGCUUGUGUCCUCCUCAGCCUGGGGAAAAGGCCUGACUGAUGUCAAAUAUGCCACAAACCCAGAGCACCUGGUGUCCUCGUGCAAGAAUUUGACCUGUAAAGCAGAAGAGUAUCCUUCCAUGGGCCGCCUCAAUGCCUCUGUGAUUUUUGGCUUUUUGAACUUGAUCCUGUGGGCAGGUAACUGCUGGUUCAUUUACAAGGAGACUCCUUUCCACAAGGAUCCCAACCCACCAGCCAACAUUGAGGAAGGAGGGGCCCCUGGGCCGUAGGCACAUCUCUGAGCAUAGAUCCCUGUACCUCCAGUAGAAAUGCUUUGUGCCCAACACUGGUCUCUGAUGUUAACCUGCAGAAAUGGAAUCAAAAGGAAGGUGAUUGUCCUUAAAAAUUCCCAUCCCCACCUCCCCAUGCCACCCAUAUUGUGUCAGUGUUGGGAAGUGAACCCAGUCCCCAAUAACUGAGCAACACUAUGUUCUUUUUUUUUUUUUUUUUUUUUUUUGUUUUCUAAAUCUGGCAAUUCCCACAUGCCUUAAACACUAAGUGCAAAUACAAACAAAAAGUAAACACUACUGUGAGUGUGGCCUGAGUUGAGAGCUCAAACUGUAUGUAUAUGUGUUCAGAACAGCAGAGCCGCAGUGCAUUUGUUUCCACAUUAGCACACUGUCCUCCCUUCAUGACUGCCUUUCAGGGAGUCACCUGCUGAUGAAACUGUGAUGUAAGAAUCUCCACUGGUCCUCAGCCAGGGAAACAGCAAAGCACUAACUCUGAGAUCAAACAGGCCUCACAUCUAAUCAAAGCAAGAUUGCUGAUAAGAAAUACUUUAGAAGUUAAACUUAAGAGAUGGAAGCAAAUGCACAACUGGGUUCGUUCUAUUGAGCCAGUCCAGCACAGACCUGCUCUUCCAUUAUGUCAUCUGGAAAAGGAAGUGCUACAGUACCGAUUCCAGUUACUGUAAAUCUGAACAAGUCAGCAAUAUCAAGACACCAGCCUGAAGGUUAAAAUAUAUUGACUGUUUUUUCCUGAAGUUAGCUGAUACCAGAGCCCUGUUGUAUAAUCUGACCGUGGUAUGUGUUUAUAGAACACUCUCUGCUUUUCUGAACAAGACCACCUAACGAGUAAAUGAACAGCCAUGCUAUUCCCCCACUAAUCUACUGACACACACAUUCAAAUAUACUACAUGGAUGUUUCAACACACUUGCGCUUAUUGUGAAAGAAAGAAUACACACUAUUACUAACAAGACAAAUCUUCCCACUGUCUCCUGCACUUCUUUGUGUGGCUAAUUUUCCAAGUAUGGUUUUGAGUGAUGUUUGCCUCACUCCUGUUUAUUUUCAGCCUGUAUCCAGAACAAGAUAGGCAUGUUCAACAUGUUGACUCUAGUAGCUGACGCACAGGAGCAUGGAUUGAUAGACAACAGGCUCCUCUUAAAUCGAAAUGUUACACCCACGCUGCUUAAUAACACUAAGACUCAUCCUCAUUUGAACUAUCUUUUGCAGAAGGUGGCGCAUGGUGACAUUAUUUAUAUACAGUUCAUAUGUAUUUUUAUCUACAUUAAUUGGUCUGGUGCAUAUUUUUUAAAACCAAUGUUGGGUUUCUGUUUGUAUUUCCCAAGGGAAAAGUGUCAGUGUGCAGCUUCUCUUUGAUUUCUUUUGUAAUGUUGUCAGAUGUGCUGUUAAAUAUCUUGUACAACUCUGUGGCCUUAGGUUAAUCUUGUGAUGAUAAAUGGUUCAAGUAACAAAGUGGCAAAACGUGGCUGGCAGAUUGAUGUAAUCCUGCUGUAUUUCUUUGACUCCUGCCCAUAGCUCUGCUUUACAUGUAACUCGACAGCCUGUGCCACACCACAGAAGAUAUUGUAAUGAACUCCUGCAGUUGUUCUGAGUCACUGCUGAUGAUUCCUUGUCAACACUAUUUGCAUUGCACUAAAACAGAUUGAAUGAUCUCUAUGAAGUAACUGUUUUGAUUUGAGUUAUUGGGCCAUCUGGGCAGCUGUUUUAUUUCAUUGCCAUAGCCUCUGUAUGGAAUAAACGAGGGGCAGUCACAAAAAGUAAAGUAAUAUAUGUUCCACGUGAUAUUGAAAUUACACAUGAGAUGCCUUAUCAAUUUUAAAGAUGAAUCUUAGUUUAAUUAAAGCACAGUGUAGAUGUUUAUGUAAUUAGUUCUUGAUAUUGGAUGUAUUUUAUGCCUUGUUUGUGCAAAAGGAACAAUGGUUUAUCUGUAUUGACAUGUGUAAAACAUGAGAGCUGCAACUGCUGGAUUCUGUCUCCUUUCUUAAUUACGUAUAGCAAAAAAAAAA